AUGGCAGAGACAAUAAGAGAAGGUUUGUGGUUGUUGGUGAAGGAGGGGGAACAAAGAAUGGAGGAAGCAAUGGCUGCACGGUACUGGUGCCACAUGUGCUACCAAAUGGUGAAUCCCGUCAUGGAAGUUGAGAUCAAAUGCCCUUUUUGCCAAAGUGGGUUCAUUGAAGAAAUGAGUGGUAGCACAGGGGAUAAUCAGUACGCUGAUUCUGAAUUCGGAUCUGAUCGUGCCCUCUCACUUUGGGCUCCAAUCUUGCUUGGUAUGAUGGGAAAUUCUCGUCGCCGUAGAAGGCUUGGAAGGGUGGAGUAUGAAGAAGAUGAGGACGACAGUGAUGAUGUUGAAGCAAACCAUGGAAGAGAGACUGAUCUUGAGCAUGAAAUUGAAUCUUUCGUAAGGAGGAGGAGGAGCAGAAGAAACUCAGCUACCAUAUUGCAGUUACGUCAAGGAAUGCGUGCUGGAAUCGUGGCAUCUGAGUCAGAGAACUCUGAAGGAGAUAGGGAUAGGCAAAGAGACAGAGACAGGGAAAGGGAGCGUGUCAUUUUGAUCAAUCCUUUUAAUCAAACCAUCAUUGUUCAGGGUUCUUAUGAUUCAAACAACGGUCAAAACCAGAAUCAAAAUCCAAUUGGGUCAUUGGGUGAUUAUUUCAUUGGACCUGGCUUGGAUUUGUUAUUGCAGCACUUGGCAGAGAAUGAUCCUAACAGAUAUGGAACUCCGCCCGCACAAAAGGAAGCCAUUGAGGCAUUGCCUACUGUCACCAUCAAGGAGCCCUUGCAGUGUUCGGUGUGCUUGGAUGAUUUUGAGGUUGGCACUGAGGCAAGGGAAAUGCCAUGUAAGCACAAGUUUCAUAGUACUUGUAUAUUGCCAUGGCUGGAGCUUCAUAGUUCCUGUCCAGUUUGCAGGCAUCAGUUGCCUGUUGACGAGUCCAAGGUUGAUUCUGAGAGAUCUAGAAAUAGCGAUGAUCGGAGGGAGAGUGAGAAUACCAAUAGUGAAAGUAAUAUUACUCAUGAAAUUAGUUUUGAAGAGGGAGACGGUGAAGGUAGAAGUGGACAUGGGAGGAGGUUUUCCUUUCCAUGGCCUUUCAAUAGCUUGUUUUCAUCUUCAUCAGGUUCUCAAGGUGGUGGAAGCCAUCCAUCCUCAACAGUGUCAUCAUCUCCAGGGAAUGCACCUGGAAGCUCUUCUCAAAGAGAUGAGAAUUGA